AUGGUGAGGGUGAGCAGGAGGAUGAAGAUGAGCAGGUUGGCGCUGUCCUGCCGGUGGCUCGCUUCGGCCGCCUUCUCGGACACGAUCUCCUCCUCCAGGGCCACGGGCCGCGCUCCCGGCGACAGGGACUCCGCCUGCGCUCCUGACCCCGAGCGGGCGCCCAGCCCGGCCAUCGCCAACAGCAGCAGCCCCAGCAGCCGCUGUUGCUGGGGGCACUCGGGGCGCCCCGGGGACCCUCCCUGGCGGCCGCAGCGCCACCACCGCCGCGGCAGCGGCAGCAGCUGGGCCAAGGCUCCGCCCACAAGCGCGCGCGCGGGCCGACAUCGCCCGUCCGUGACGCCAUCCCAGCGCGCCGAGCGGCUCAGGCUUUUCCUGUCGCACCCAACCCCCUCUUUCUCGUCCCGCUCUCGCCUGAGUCCGCCGUGCGCAUGCGCAGCCCCGGCGGUGGCUGAGGGAGGAGGGCGGAUGAUGGCGGCCGCCUCGCUGUGGAAAGGGCUGGUCGGGGUCGGGCUCUUCGCCCUGGCGCACGCGGCCUUCUCCGCCGCGCAGCAUCGUUCCUAUAUGAGGUUAACAGAAAAGGAAGAUGAAACCUUGCCGAUAGAUAUAGUUCUUCAGACGCUGUUGGCCUUUGCGGUUACCUGUUAUGGGAUAGUACAUAUUGCAGGAGAAUUCAAAGACAUGGAUGCCACUUCAGAGCUAAAAAAUAAGACAUUUGAUACAUUAAGGAACCAUCCAUCCUUUUAUGUAUUUAAUCACCGGGGCAGAGUAUUAUUCCAAUCCCCAGACACUGUCCAUUCUUCCUCCAAUCAGGAUGCUUUGUCGUCCAGCGCAUCGCUGAAGUUGCGAAAACUUGAACCUCUCCGCCGUUAAAAGAUUUUUACAGAUGAUACUAAAAAUAGAACAGGACACUGAGCUAUAAUAUUGGAGUUGGGGAUGUAAACACUUUUUUUUUAAUUUCUGGAGCAGUAUUUAUAUUGAUCUUCCAGACUUUAUAAAGUAUAUAUAUAAAUAUAUAAAUAUAUUAAAAAAAGGACCUUCUUUGAACACUGUUAAUGACAAUGACUGAAUUGUGAAUUGGCAAACAGUGUAAAUUAUUGCUAGAAUUAUGCUGUGAAAUAAUACAUUUUACCUUUCAUCCAUUAAAACACUAUGCGGUUGAUUCACUUAAAACAAAUUCCGUAUUACCAAAUAGCAGAUGAUGGUUUUAAUGCAACAGAUAAGCACAGAAGAGGGGGUAUUUGCUUGUACUGUUUUCUUGUAUGCUGAGGAAGUGGCUGGAGGUGCUUUGUGUCCGUCCUUUCUCUUUCUCCCCUGCCUUUCCUCUAAUCCUUCACAGAAGACAAUGAUGAUUGUGUUACUUUCAUGUCUUUGGCACUUUGACUUGAAGUAAUGUGGCCACGAUAUGAUAUGAAGAGCUAUUCAGACUGACACAAGUUCUCAAGUGGGCAUUAAACCCAAAUUGCCAAGGGGACAAACACUUCCUUUGUUGGUUGGUCAGUAUCCUUGCGCUUCCUGAAAUGCUCACAGCUUUUAAAGUAAGGUGGACCAUUUUUGAGAGAAAACUUGCCCUGAGGUUUCUAAUCAGCCGCCAGGGAAGGGGGUGUUGAAUCAUGUCAGCCGUAACCCCAUGAAGAUUUUACAAGAAGUUCCAUCCACUUGUAGCAUGUUGUGGUUAUUGCGCACACCGAGCGGUGUUUCAGCGACUGAAAGUAGGGCUGAAGGGUCUCAGUAUUGCGCUCACUUGUGAAACAGGAUUGUUGCUGUAAAGCGAAGGGCAGCUGCAUAUCCAAUAUAUGGCUUGUAACAGGCAAGGUACAUGCAAAGAAAAGUCGGAAGUGCUGCUUACGAUGUCCAUCUUGAAAUGCUAAAAGGCUGCUCAGUUCUUUUAAUGUUCAUUUCUUGACUCUCUGCUCUUAAGGGAGCAUGUUGAUUCAGCUCCGUCCAUUUAUAUGUACACUGUCUUAUUGGAACAAAUGGUAGAAUGUUUGGUUCAGAUAUGGGAGAUCAGCUGGGUUCUUCUUUGAAUAAUUGAACAUGUUUGACUUGUUUUUCCACUGCACGGUGUUGCUCUUUUUGCUAGUGGCAUUUGAUCACCAGAAGAGAUUUCUUCUGCCUUGAAGUAUGCGGGAUGUUUGGGUGGAGGCGAUACAUUCCCUUCCAUUCACUAUACGUUUGCCUCCAAUUUGGAUUUCCAUGGAAUGUAACUGAUUUGAGUUAGUAACAAGGAUGCAGGAAAAUUGACCCUCCUGUCUGGUCUUUAAGGGGUGCUUUACCUGCCACACUUCCCUACAUGGAGAGGAUUUCUGUGCACCAUCCAUUUGUGAAGUGUGGUACCACUACACAUGUUGAGCAUCUGCUGUAUGCUAGCUGCUUGACUGGUGUACAUGUGGCAAAAUAAAAGCAUAUGCACUCCACUACGUAAGUCACAUUGUAUGGCCAUCUCGGUUGCCUCCAAAUGUUUUGGACUGCUACUCCCAUCACCCCCCAGGGAGCAUGGCCAUUGGGUGUCAUAGUCCGACACAUCUGGAGGUUUGUGAAGGCUGGUAUAUAUAUUUUUCUCUACAUGGAGGUAAUCUAAUGUAAGGAAAAUUCUGCCCAUAGUUGCCCUACUGAAAGGACCAGGAUACCGGAGUUUUGGUUGUGGCGGAAAAGAGAUGGCCUUUUAAAAAGCCAACAAUUGCUCCUGUUCAUUAAAAGUUAGUUUCAGUGUUAAGGUCCUUCUCUUGAGUAGAUGCUGACCCUUUCUUUUUGCCUUGUGUUCAGUCCAGGUGAAAUUCUGCCUGUCAACCAUAAGGUGGCAAACUGAACAUCACCCUACUGCUAUCCGCCUUAUUAUUCUCUUCUCCAGAUAUGCUGGAGUAAGACCCCAGUUUAUGCUAAAAUGCAGCUUCUGAUUCGGUUUCUGACAGUAGAGGCUAUAAACCUUUGAGCCCUCUGAUUGGAUGGAUCUGGCUUGCAUAAAGGCAUAUGGCACAAGAGCCUUACUGUAGUCCCUGUGGAUCCCAACAUGAAAGUGCACAAAAUGGCUGCAGGGAGAGCAAACCACUUGCCCAAAUGCAGCCUUGCAGCAGUGUCUUCAAUGUGUUUAGUUGGAAACAAGUCCCACAGUUCAGUGGAAUUUAUGUACUAGUGAUUGUGCCUAGGAUUAUAGCCAGGGAGGCAAACUAAUAGGAAGGCUUAUAAAACAAGACCAGCGCAAGCCAUUAUUUAGUGACAAGAGGGGCAACGAAAGCUCAUCCUGCUGUCGCGAGGAAAUGACAGCUCUAAAAUACAAUUUGCCUAUUCUGAGUUUGCUUUUUGGUACCACUUUGCAUAAAAGCCUUCUCAAGCUGGACUGCUUGCUUAUUAACCAAUUUCCUAUGAGCCUAGGCAAAGCCUGCUUUAGGUUGCCAAAAGGCUAUGUUGUGGCAAGUAUUGCUGCAAGAACAGUGUCUUGCUCCAGAACCUAAAGGCGUUUCCUCAACCUCCCCUUGUACAUGUUGUGAAGUUUGCAGCCCAUUAAAGCACCUUCUGGGCUGUUUAAAACUUGCAGGCAGCCACCUUUACCCUUUAGCGUCAAUGGUUAUUCCACAAGUGUGCAGACUUUGUUUCCCCCCUUUUUGAUCUUGCAAUGUCCAAUAAAGAACUAAUAUUA